UACGUACUCGUCUGCUUACAGUAACCCUGAGUGUAGUCUGGAAUAGAGCUACAAUAAAACCGUUAAAUCUUGCCUACAGUAUCAACCGUGGAUUCAGUUCAUAUAAAAACAUCGAUGAAAGCAUGCACGUCUAACAAAGAGCUUAGUGGCUAAUCCUUGCAGUGUGAAUUACAUCGGCACUGAGUUUGUGUUUACACUGAAGUCAGAUGGGGAGGUGAGGAAACUCCAAAAAAGGCAAAUUGAGAACUUGGAGAUCACAAUUUCCCAUAAUUCCUAGGAAAAAAUAAAGGUCUCAAAGAAGGUGGAGCUUCGCUCCAGAUUGGCUGAGCUUCUGCUGCAGCAUUCUGGCCCCCAGCAAACUCAAGGGAUUGUGGGAAAGGAGGAGGAUAAAAUGAAAAGACAAGUGUAAGAAUGAGCUACUAGGUAGGGAAGAAGAGAGCGAGGUCGGGGCGUGUGAGAUUAAACUCUAGACCUCUGCCCAUGGCUAGUCCUCCGCUCUCUGGCAUCUAGGCAGUGUUGAUUCAUCAUAUUUCUUUAAAAAGUCUGUUCUUGGACUCCCACACCCGGGCUUUCUGUCUGGCAUAUUGUUAUUAAAUAAUAUACUUGUUACAACAAAGGUAUAACAAGACAAGCAGCGUUUGUUUAACACCUAUGGACAGGCGUGAGAAUAAUUCACCGUGAUAUUUUUGUGCUUGUUGAUGUUUAUUUUUCAUGAUAGCGAGAAGGUCACAGAGCAACAUGUUGCCCGUCCUCCUGCGCUGAAGAUUGCACGAGAGGAGAGACGAGAGAAUGAAAGAAGCGAUGGAAGCCAGACAGAUGGCAGAGGAGAAACGCAUCUCCCCGUCAGCCCCAGUGUAGAAGAACAAGAAGAUGCUGAGUUCAGAUCUCGCAAACAAACUUGGGAAAAGGCCAAGUUUCGUCUCAGAACUCUGGAGGGUCAUAGUGACAUCAUCACCUGUGCGGCCGCCGUCGACAAUCUUGUGAUUUCUGGCAGUCGAGAUACAACAGUUAAAGUGUGGCAUGUUCCCACGGCAACGGAGCAGCGCAAUUUGGGAGGUCACAGCGGUGGAGUCACCUGUCUCAGUGCACCACCUCCAGAGUACUGCAGGAGAUUGGCACGUGCAUUUGACUUGUCUGACAGGGAAAGAUUUGUUCUAAGUGGUUCCACAGACUGUUGUGUGAGAAUUUGGGCUUUGAGUUUGGGUUUGUGUGUCAAAUCCAUCUACACAUUCAAUGCAGUCUCAAGCCUGUGCUUCAUUCCUGAAGGAGAGGGCUUCAUUGUUACUGGUUCAGAUGCUGGGAAGCUGCAGGUGUGGAGCUGGAGCUCGCAGGAGAACAGUCAGUCAGUGAACGCACACCUGGACGCAGUUACCACACUACAGUCCCAGGGUCCUCUGCUGUUCAGCGGCUCCGCCGAGGGAUGUGUGUGUGUGUGGGAGGUGUCCGAUGAUGGGCCGGAGCCCCUCCACAGGUUGCACAUCUGGGGGCCAGAAGUCACAAGGUGUAGUGGGGAUGACGGGAGGCUGAUUCUGAGCCCCCGCGGUGACCGUGUGUUCCUCUCGUGUCGAAAGGCCAGCAUACGAAUUCUAAAUUGGAGAACGGGCAUGAUGACUAGACUAACCAAUCACAGCAGCACUGCUGGUGUCACAGAUUGUGUCAAUCAAAUACCCGGCCUUUUGAUUGGCUCUUGUUUUGACAUCACUAAUGGAGAGAGCACUAUUAAUCUGUUCUCUCUUCCCCAGUGCAAAUACCUGGUUUCGCUCACCUCUUCAGAUCUUCCCAGGAUUCUUUGUUUUGCUGCAUGGCUAACUGCAAGCGGGGACCAUCGUUGGGUCACAGGGGGUCGUGACCUCAUUGUUUGGGAGCAGCUUCCUGGAAGUUUCAAAAAGAGAGGCGAUGUCACAGUGAGACGAGACAGCCGAUUGGAAGAUUGUCUUCUGGAAUCCGACAGAGACUCAGAUGACGAACAAAGCGAGGUGGACGAUGAUGAAGACUCCAUACCCCAGGAUGCAUCUGAAACAGAGGAAACCCCAAGUUCUUCAUGGCUGCGUUGUGUUCUUCAGUGAGCGAGAGGAGGGGUAAAUGAAAAAUGAGAGUGAGGGGAAGGAGAUUGAAGGAGGGCUAAAAAGAACAAACUGGAAAUGAAGAGAAAGUGAAGGUCAAGGGGCGACGAUGGAGUGCAAAAAAUCAGCUGAAGGGACUGAAGUGGAACAGAUUGACUGACUGGCAGAAGGGAAGAAACAGAAGUAGGAGAGAAACAACAGACUGUUUUCUGUGUAAACGUUGAUCCAAUAAAA